GAGGGAUGUCACAGCUGAAGGAAAGCCAGUCCUCUUCCUCGGUCUGCAUGACAAACAAGCGCAGGGCAACCAUUCUUCACCAUUACGCACGGGCUAUUUUCUUCUUUUACGCCCUCUCCGGAGACAAAUCGGUCCAAUUUCGGACCCACUACUGACCGUUUGUCUGUCAUAUCUCUGCUCCUGGUGAUAAUGCUUCCCAGUCCGGCCAUAACUUCUUCCACCACGCCUUUUUCCGUGAAGGAUAUUCUCAAAUUAGAGUUGCAGCAACAAACCCAGCAGCACCAGCUCCAGUUAAUCUCCUGCUUCGGUCUUCCUGGUGCGCUGUCACAGCCGCUGGGCCCAAACAAACCCCUGCGCUCCCACUCGCCGCCCUCCUGCAUGCUGGCCGGCAGGGACAGUCCCAGCCCCAUCAGCUCCGGCCUCUCGGAGAGCGAGGACAGGAUGUCGUACCUCAACACCAUGACAGUGCCGGACCGGCUGGUAGGAUCAGGUCUGCCCGUCGAGAUGUUCGGCAUCCCGGAGCAGAACCACUCUGCAGAACUCCGGCUGGAGACCGAGCAGGAGGACCAAGACAGCAACAGCUGCGGCGUGUUGCGGGGCGAGUGCGAGGAUGGAGAUUCGGAGAAACCCGCCACCAAGCAGCAGAGGACCCGGAGGAAACCGCGCGUCCUCUUCUCCCAGGCUCAGGUGUUCGAGCUGGAGCGGCGCUUCAAGCAGCAGCGGUACCUGUCCGCCCCGGAGAGAGAGCACCUGGCCAGCUCCCUGAAGCUCACCUCCACCCAGGUCAAGAUCUGGUUCCAGAACCGGAGGUACAAAUGCAAGAGGCAGCGGCAGGACAAGACUCUGGAGAUGGCAGGUCACCACCACCACCACCACCACCAUCACCCACCGCCGCCGCCCAGGAGGGUGGCUGUGCCGGUGCUGGUCCGGGACGGGAGGCCUUGUCUCAGCGGAUCCCAGAACUACAACACGUCCUACACAGUGGGAGCUCCAAACCCGUACAGCUACAGUUAUCCAGCCUACAGCUACAACAGCUCGGUGUACACCAACACUUACUCUUGUUCUUACUCUAGUUUACCUGCUCUGCCGCCCAGCAACACCUCUGCCAAUGCUUUUAUGAACAUGAAUUUGGGAAACCUUGGCGCACAGACGCAAGGCCAGGCUCCCCAAGGACCAGUGGUCACACCCUGUCAAGGAACUCUGCAGGGCAUACGGGCAUGGUAGCGCAGUAUCUGUGCGCAAUCACAACUGGGACAGACUCCUCUGGGAUGGCUGAAUAUAGACUUACGCACACAAAUCGGAUCAACUGAUGCAAGGAUGGCACAAUUCACAACUGUAACACGCUACAGAAAGUACAAAUAGUGAGGAAAACCCUGACCCACAGACUGAGACACAGUAUAUGCUCCUUUUUCUCUGAGCCACAAAGUAUAAAAGACGUUUUUAAACCUGUUGUUGAAUAUUUGAUUGUAUGAUUGGAUGUUGUCGUUGAACAAAGACAAGUAUGUGGCCUGUGGUUCAAACCGUGCGACAGAAAAUGGACCGUUUGGACAUUUUUAUAAAAACAUACAUGUUUUAUGCACACAAUAAUCAGCACAUAAUGAA